CUUGAUUAAACGCGUGAAUGGUGGUUUGUGUCGGUGAUAUAAGUGCUUUGGCUACGGCCAACCAAAGAGUUUUCACGUUGUAUGGACACGCUGAGAUGCCGUGGCUGUUUAGGCUUCGGACUCACGGCUAGCUAUAGGAGUGGCAGUGCCAGUGACUGGCGAUACGAUGCGCACGUUGCUGCUGCUGAGAUUGGUGUUUGUGGGAGUGGGCGUGCUGGUUGGUGAUGUGACAAAGUCAAACGCUGACAGCAUUGUCCAAGUCAAAGAGAACUUCACCAACAACAUGAACUUGACUGAAAGACAGGAAACUAUUGCUACUGUUGAGGCAUCUCUUCUUGCUCUUUUGGGAUUUUCCAAGAGACCAAGACCUCUUGGUGGAAAGGCACACAUUCCAGAAUCACUGAGAAAACUUUAUGCUAAACAAAAUUCUAUUGGUACUGCAGAUAUUGCAAAACGAGGAUUACACACUAGAUCCGCCAAUACUGUUCGAUCUUUCUUGCAUAAAGAAAGUCCACUGGAUGACAAAUUUCAAUCGAUAAAUCGUUUUCGAUUAUCAUUUGAUCUAAGCAGUAUACCUUCAACAGAAAAAUUACAAGCAGCGGAAUUAAGUUUAUCACGUACUGCAUUGUUGAAGAAAAAUUCAAAAGAGAAAAAAACAGGUAGAGUUUUGGUAUACGAUAUUGUUCGUCCAGGUGCUAAAAAAGAAAAGAAAGCACCAAUAUUAAGACUCAUUGACAGUAAAGUAAUUGAUGUGACAAGCAACAGUACAAUAAGUCUUGAUGUAAAUCCGGCGGUAGCACGAUGGCUAGAAGAACCUAAACAUAAUCACGGCUUAUUGAUCCAAGUGCAUGGAAUCAAAGAAAACGACAAACCACAUGUUAGAUUAAAACGUAAUGUUGAAGAAUCUCAUGAUACAUGGGACGACGUACGACCCACACUCUUUACUUACACUGAUGAUGGUCGUAACAAAAUGGCUUCAGCGUCGGAUAUCAUAAAACGUCGAACACGAAGAGCUGCAGUACGUAAAAAUCGACGCAAAGACGGCAGAGAAAAUUGUAGAAGACAUCCUUUAUAUGUUGAUUUUUCUGAUGUCGGAUGGAAUGAUUGGAUUGUAGCACCACCUGGUUAUGAUGCAUUUUAUUGCCAUGGAGAUUGUCCUUUUCCUUUAUCUGAUCAUUUAAACUCAACAAACCACGCAAUAGUACAGAAUCUUGUGUAUUCAACGAAUCCAGCACUGGUUCCCAAGGCUUGCUGUAUUCCAACAGCUCUUAGUUCAAUAUCCAUGCUGUAUCUUGAUGAAGAGAACAAAGUGGUGCUUAAAAAUUACCAGGACAUGUCAGUACUUGGUUGCGGUUGUCGCUGAUAUGACUUGACGCAACAUGUACAUAUAUAUACAUAUAUCUAUAUAUGAGGCAUUUGGAAUUUAGUAAUAAUUAUACUGAGAUGAAUUAAAAAUAUCUCGAGUACUGGAAUAUAUGAAAACGACGGGCAAGAGGACAAGUGUGUGACGUUGGUGCGUGGAUUGCCACUGCUGCUACUACCAGCUUCCAUUCUCUCCCUUCCACCCACCUGUGUAUUGCUCCAUCCUCGUGGCUGUUGCUCGUUAGACCGAGAGAGAACGGGCUCUGAGAGAGAACCAGCUCAGAGUGCGUGACGCUGCCGCAUUCUCUACACUUUCAGUAAUCAACAAACUCAACAACUUAUGAACCAAGGUGCCUGGCUGUUGGUCUCCUGCCUAACUCGCUUAUUCGCUCGUUCACUUGGCUUAAGAGCUACACGAUAGGCAAACCCGAACCUCCUUGGACGCUCGUAUAAUUUAUUAAUAAGGCUGUAGAGAAAAACCGGUAUAAGAUUUACUCUGCUGCAUCUAUAGGUGCUACAUGUCCCAUGGAAAAGGCAUAUAUUUCAAUACCGAAAAUGAUGAUUAUGAUGAUGAUAGUGUUAAUGAUUAUCAUGAUAAAGAAUACGGAUACAUAGAUGUAUUUUGGAGGAGCUUAGUUUUUUAUCAUCUAUGCGACUUUAGUGCCAUUGGUAUGGUUAUUAUUCGCAUUAAACAAUGAAUAUAGUCAAGUUACUUAUGCUGAUCUACUCUGAUUAAGUGUCGUGCUGACGUUUUUGAUGUGAAUCAACAGUGUUAUGUUAAUUUUUAAGCAUUAUUUCUACUUGACAAAAUGAACUAGUGAACUGGAUAAACUUGUAUGUGAAUUUUUUAAUUUUUUUACAAAACACUUGAUUGAGACGGUUGCAUACUUUUAGAACUUAUCUCCAUAUCCUCCUAGUGGCUGAACUACUGUGAAUGUAGUUGUGGAUUAAUUGUAAUGUGAUUUCCUCGUCAUUUUAUUCAUUUAAAAAUUAAUUGAUGCAUUGAAAGCUAUAAAUAAUAUUUAUAAAUAUUUUUAUAGAUGUUCUAAGUGUAUGUAAUUAUGUCAAUGUAAAUCGUACCUGCUUAAGGAUUACUAUUUAUUUUUAUUUUUGCUUUAAAUUUUUUUUAUUUCGCAAAAAUAACGUAAAUAAUUAAGGAAACUACAGCCAAUUCAAAUUAAAGCUCGCAUGUAUAUUUGUACAGAAGCUUAUGUUGAUAGCAUUAAACAAAUAUUCUUUAAAAACCUGAUCCUAAUUCUCCUUAAUCCUUGAUUACCCCUUCUUUACCCUUGUGUAAAAUGUGUGAAUAAGCGAUUAAUCGUUGUGUAAAGAUAUUGUAAAUAAUUUAUAAUUUGUAAAGUAUUAAGUAAUGUAUAUUUUUUAAACAUA